AUGGUUGAGGCAGAGGCGCACAAGGAAUCAGAGGCAGCAGCGAGGCAGAAGGAUAAGGCAGCGGCGCUGCAUAUGGAGGAGGCAGACGCACAUAAGGAAGGAGAGGCUCGGAAUAAGGCAGAAGCAGCGGCGCGGCAGAAGGCGGAGGCAGAGGAGCAGAAACAGGCUGCGGAAGAGGCACUACAACUGGCUCGGGCAGAAGCGCGGAAGAAGGCUGUUGUAGAGGCGCGGCAGAAGGCGGAGGGUGAGGCGCAGAAGAUGGCGGAGGCCGAGGAGCAGAAGCAGGCUGAGGCUGACGAACGUAGGAAGCCAGAUGGAGAGGAGGGUUCAGAUGGGAAUAAAAUGAUACAGACAGAGGGACGGGAGACGGCGGGUGCUGAGGGGCACAUCAUCGCAGAGGAAGAGGGGCAGCAUGACGAGGAGGCAGCGUCGCAGGUAUUCGCAUACCGAGAGACGCAGAGCAUGGCAGAGACAGAGCGUCAAAAUACUAUGGAGGAGGUUCGUGUGGUCCCGGAGGCUGGAGUGGGGCACUACGAGGGAGAUGCGCUGGAAACAGAAGAGGAGCAGAAUGAGGAGGAUACGGUACAUUCGGCAGUCCGGAUAUUUUUGGGAGGAAGUCCGACGCGGGGACCAGGAACCGGGGUAGAGGGGCCAUGGAGGGUGGCAGACGAUGGGGCGCCUAGGGAUACAGUGGAUCUCAACCGGCAGAGGCGGCCUACCCUUCAUCAGAGAGCAGUGGAGAGGAAUCUUGGCCAAGGCGGGGUUCGCCAGUCGGGAGGGGGGAUGGCGGAGGGCACGUUAAAGGGGGUGGAAGAGAGGUUGAGAGAGGUUCUUAGAGAAGACUCUGAGCGGCGGAACAGGGAUAGACUGCAGGACGAGGAGCGGAGGCAGAAGGCCACGAGGAAGGAAGCAGACGUCGCAGAGAGACGGAAGAAGGAACGACAGCAGGAGGAAGAGUGUCGGCAGAAGGAGAUGAGAGAGGGAAUGAAGGAGAUGAAGGAGGCGAUGAUGAAGGAGAUGAAGGCAGAAAUGAAGGAGAUGAAGGAUGGGAUGGUAAACCAGAUUGUGGGGAGGUUGAGCGCGGUUUUGCGAGAAGAAUCCGAGCGGCAGAAGAAGGAGAGGGAAGAGAACGCGGAGCGGCGACAAAAGCAGGACGCGAAGAGGAAACAAGUGGCGGACGACGAGGAGAGACAGAAGAAGAAACAACUGGACGAGCAAUGGCGGAAGGAGGAGGAGGAGAAGAGGAAGGAUGUAGAGGCCACCGAGCGGCGGAGGAAGAAGAAACAUCAGGAGGAAGAGCGACGGCAGACGGAGGUGGAGGCGGGAAUGAAGGAAGUGAUGGAGGCUGUGAAGGAGAUGAAGACAGGGAUGAAGGGGUGGAAGGAGGGGAUGCUAAGUGAGGAGGAUGCGCAGAGGAAGGAGGCUGAGGAGGACGAUCGGGAGGAAAGGGAGAAACAACAGGAGAAGGAGCACCAGCAAAAUGAGGAGGCGCAGAGGAAGGAGGCAGAGGAAGCAGAGCGGGUGGAGAGGGAGAAACAUCGGGAGAUGGCGCGCCUGCAGAAGGAAGAGGCGCAGCGGAAAGAUGCAGAGGAGGCCAAGAGGCAAGAGAGGGAAAAACAACAGGAGAUGGCGCGCCUGCAGAAGGAGGAGAGGCAGAGGAAGGAGGCAGAGGAGGUAGAGCGGUGUCAGAGGGCGAAACAGCAGGAACUGGACCGCCUGCAGAAGGAGGAGGCGCAGAAGAAGGAGGCAGAGGAGGCCGAGCGGCAGCAGCGGGCGAAACAGCAGAAAAUGGAGCGCCUGCAGAAGGAGGAGGCGCAGAAGGAGGCAGAGGAGGCCGAGCGGCAGCAGCGGGCGAAACAGCAGGAGAUGGAGCGCCUGCAGAAGGAGGAGGCGCAGAAGGAGGCAGAGGAGGCUGAGCGGCAGCAGCGGGCGAAACAGCAGGAGAUGGAGCGCCUGCAGAAGGAGGAGGCACAGAAGAAGGAGGCAGAGGAGGCCGAGCGGCGGCAGAGGGCGAAACAGCAGGAGAUGGAGCGCCUGCAGAAGGUGGAGCAGUGCCGAGCAGAGAAGAGGGCCAGACUUGCAUCCUACGCGGAACAGCUGCGGCAACUGGAGGCAAAGGCAAAGGCGAUGGCUGAAGAGAUGGAACGAUUGGCAAGGGAGAUGGAAGAGGAGGAUUUGACCAUGCAGGGGGAGGGGACCAGGAAGGGAGUCGAGGAGGAAAUAGCUGAGGGCCUGGGGAGUUUGCUGUUGAUUGAGAGCGGGGAGGCAAAUGUAGCAGAGGGCGUGGCUAUUGUUCCCGGACAGAACGUAGAGGUGUCCAGGAGGCGGCCUAUUAAUCUACGUUUAAUACUCGGCUUCUACGAGGAGGUAGAAGUAUGGGGCUAA